UACUUAAAACUGCUUUGCUGUUAACCAUUUUGCACAGUGACCAUAAUGUUCUCCCUACUUCCCAUUUUACAGAUACAAACACUUUCCCAAGUAUAGUCUAGGGAUGAGUGUCGUGAAGUCUGAUUUGAUUCUGCUAUGAGAAUUUCAGAUCAGCUACUUUGGUGCAGCUAUGCAAAGUGCAGUUGCAAUGUAACUACUCUUCUUGGUGCUGGUUUCAGUGAAAGAUUAUGAAGGAAUCUGCAUGUAAAAAGGAGUUCUGCUCAUAUUUUCUGUGGAGAUUCCUGGAGUAGUUAUUCUGAAUUCUUGGGUGCUGUUUCCUGCACUGGGAUACUUGCAAGCACUACUUUUUGCUUCAACCACUCCCAUUGAAGUGUGGCUGGUAUGCUUGGGAAAUUUUAGCAGGAAUGUGCUAUGGUGAAUACAACCAAAGAUAAAAACAUUUGGCAGUCUUAGAUUGAUUCAUUCAGAAAUUGAGGACGUGAGAAUUUUAUUUGCAGGUAAAGGAACUGCAUGUUCCCUAGUGUGUGCUAUUCAUUCCUGUCAAUCAAAAGUCUGGACAGAAAUUAUAAAGCACCUCCCAAGUGUUGAGACUGAAUAUGGCCUGAGUGUUUUGUGCAGGAAUUGGAAAUUUGGGGCCCAAAUCUCCCCCCCUCCCAAAGAAAGAAUGACAAACGGACUCUAAGCAGUUAUCUUUAUGCUCUUUGUAUGCCUUAUACUGUUAAAACAUCUUGGGUGCAUUUGCAAGAGCUCUAGAAUGAUAAGUAGCUGUGGUAUACCAGAGAUGGCAACUCUGAUCCCUGACCAUUGACCAUGCUGCCUUGGACUGAUUGGGCGUGUAGCUUAGGCACCCCUUGAUAAGGCUAACAUUUCUGACGUGGGCAGGCUUAGCCCUCUUCCACCCCACUUGUCCUCCCCCUAGUUAUUUAUCAAGCCUAGUUUGUCAAUUCUGGUUUGUGAUUGCUUGGAUAUGGGGAGAAAAUAGCCCCAUGCUGGCCACCAGCUUUUUGGUGUUCUGUAUUUUUGCCUAGCUGAUCUCAGUUUCUUACGAUCUUGCUGGAGACAGUUCUGGCUGACAUCCCCCGCCCCCAUGCACUAACACAUGGACAACUGUGACAGCUGUUGUAGAAAUCUGCAUGUGUUUCUGGACAUCUGCAUUCACAGCAUCAUGACCCUCUGAGCAAGCCUGACUUGGUGACCACUGCUAUGAGGACUGAAUGCGGAACUGAAAUUUCAUCCUAAUUAAUCCUUGUUUGGUGACACCAUUCUCUUUCCACAUGAUCUUUCUAUUUAGGAAGUUUAGUUUUUCAGUUUGAGAGAGUUGCCAUCUUUAUGAUGGUUCCAAGUAAUCCAGGGUUGCUAUGUUGUGAAACGUGUGCCUUCUAGGAAUACCUUAACGGGGCGGAUGUCAUCUGCUCUGCUGCAAUAAGUAAACACUGGCAGUGCAAGGUGGGGGAUGCUGGUUUUUUGCAUCAAAAUUACAGCCUGCAACCUUGUUGGUUGAUUCUGAAAAACACUCUGAGUUUACAGUGCCGGUAAACUAUAGUAGGGAGUUGGUGUAUGCUCAAGACGUGUGAAGGUAGAGAAGGAAUAAAAGGUGGUAAAUAUUUGAAGAGCCUUUGCUAGUAGGAAAUCUUUUCUGCAGUAGCUCUCUGGCUGACUUUCUGAUCCUUGUCUUUAAAUGCUGCUCUUGGAAACAACAGCAAACCACCGACCAGGUCUGACAACAUGCUAUUUAUGGAAUAGAAACUGCAACCCUCUGGGGUCUGCCUAGGUUAGAUAGCACAAUGAAACAUCACUCAUCAUAGUGGUUCCUGUGCAUAGAAUAAGCCUGUUAGAAACUUAGUGCUUUGUGGUGCUGAUUUUUGUGAUUACCUGAGGUCCUCUGAAUUUCUCAACUUGCCUUAGGAUGAGGAUGAUUUUGUUUCAAUUGAUAUAAGUCUCAUUUUUGGCGCUAGUGUAAUCUUGUAUCCUAUUUUCUUGGCUGUUGACUGGGAGGUAGUAAGUCUACCAACGGAAUCCGGGGUCAGUAGCUAGAAUUCUUGGCUGCGUCUUCUUUCCCCAGUGAGCAGUCUGUUUGAAUACUUCCAAGCAGUAAUCUAGCCCACAGGAACGAACUGAGACAUAACCAAUGCACAGCACCAUGCAGACUGAAAAUGUUAAGAGUUCAAAGGAGCUGAGGGGUGGGGAGAAGAGGGCUUAUGAAAAUUGGUUUCCCUACGCUAUAACCCUGAAAAAGGAUUGUUUGAGGGCUGAAAUGUAUGCUCAGCUCCAUCUGGCACUGAAAUUUCAAUAGCUACUAGGCAACGUGAUAAUGGAACACAUCUUUUAUUAUCAAGCUGGCCCAAAUUGCAGACAUUAAAAACAACAGUCUGUGGUUAAAAUAAUGCUCCAUAAAUUUUUAGGUGCUUUUUGCAGCUGCAUCUCAAAAGGGAGUCUUUCUAGCUUCUUAUUACCCUCCUUUCCUUCCACUGUCAUUGGUCCGAUAUCCUUUUGUGCUGUGUCUUUAGGACACAUGGAGGGGUGUGUACCAGAAGGGAGGGCUGAUGCAUUUAGGUCCUGCUCUUCCAAUAAACAUCUGGCUCAACACUCUAGGAAAUUGUGUUCUCAGCUGGAUGGAACCCUUUGUCUGAUUUGGCAGGGCAGCUCUUAAAUCAUCCCUUACACCGAAUAUUCAGUGUGGUUAAUUACUAUACACACCAACAAAAGCAUUUGUUGUGCCUGUAAGUAACCUGCCACUGCUUGUGCAUAUCACGAAUCCCUUGAAUUAAUUCAGUGGUGUUUGUAUGAUACCAAGCUUGUGCAUAGGGAGCUGCCUUCAGGGGGGUUUUUUUGUCCCUCUAAAGCACUACUGCCUACUCUGACUGACAGCGGGUCUUGAGGUGUGGUUUCCUAGGACUUUGCUUUCAGACUUCCCCAAACAACUGCAGAAACAUUUGUAGCAUUUGUGAAAGCCAUACUUCCUUUGGAUCCCAGCACACAGUUGCAUAGCAUGAAUCACAUUACAGAAAUGACAAACAUAAUGUGUCAGUCUAGAAAAACAACACCAAAGCGAUUCUGCUGGUUUACCUCCCACCCUGCUGCCCAGCAGUCUCCCUGACAAAGCUGGUCUCAGGCGGUGUUGAGGGCUCCCAGACUGCUGGCUUUGGGGUGGCUCAGGACCUAGUGGCAGUGAAGGCAGCAAAGAAGAUUGCAUUCUUGCUAUACCAUCCAGAACUUGCCCAGGUAGUGCGAGGCCUCUUACAGCCUCGCCAGAAGGAGGUGGUGGAUCAGAGGGUAGCUCACUGUGACUUGUUUGCAAAGCAUUAUGGAGGGAAAAAAAUCACUUGCAUCCACCAGGAUCUUGACUGCUAUUAUAGCAGAUUAAUCUCAAGGGGUUGGCUUUGUUCUUGUCGCUCUUAUUAUGAAUUUUUCAUUUUGUAUUUUUUAUGUUGUGAACUGCCCUGAGAUCAGUGGAUGACAGGUGGUAUGCACGUUUGAUAAAUAAUAAUAAUGCAUGGAGUUGGGGCACCCUGAGCCAUGAAUGCUCCAUGCAGGCUAGGGCUGAUGGGAACUAAAGUCCAACAACAUCUAGGCUGGAGGGUCUUAGACUCCUCGCCCUUGCAAAGCACGUUUCUGCACGGUAAAACAUGUUCCUUUCUUAAUCUCUAGAGGCUAGACGCUUGUCCCGAGCAUUUCCACGAGGCAAUUCUGAGGUCUCUACACGUGAGAGGGAACAAUAGAUCGACCUUUUUCAUUAUCUGAACAGGGGAUUUCCGAUUAAACACAGAACCCACAUUUAACUCCCCUCGCCUCGAAGCUAUUCACUGAUACCAAUGUAGAGAUUAUUUUUUUUUAAACACCCCCCCCCUCAACUGAAAGAGGAUGAAUUCCUGUAUGUGGCGCUAUCGCCACAUUGUUCCAUUGUUCUGCCAUAUAGACAACCCUCACUUCCGGCCGCACUCUCCUUAAAAAUAAGUAAAUCUGGGGAAUAUUUAAAUGUGGUUUCUCGAUGGGAACCCGGAAAGGAUAAAGAAAAAUAGUGAGAUUGCCUUCUCUACACUUUUCUAACUCUGGCGCGAUAACAGGCUCGAUUAGAAAACGGCGGACUGUGUUUGACUCUCUAGCCUUUCCCUUCCCUCUGUGUCUAUGGUUCCUCCGCUGUCCGGCUUCCUCUUCCGCCCUCCCUCCGCGUGAUCCUGACGCGAGAACCCCGCCCUAUGACGUAAACUCGGCCAAGGCGGAAGAAGAAGGGGAAGAAAUAACAAGGACUGGAAAGGAGGGGACUGAGGCUGCUGCUGCUUUUGUUGUUGCUUUUGGGUAAGGGGCUGCUUCUCUUUUUCUGGGUUAUUAUGGGGAGGGGGUGUCCUGUCCUUUUCCGGGAGGGGGAUUGGGAAAGCCCGCAGGGGUCGGGGAGAGGGGAGCUGUGCUGAUGGUGUCGGGUGUGGGGCAGCUGGUGGAUUUGGGAUUUAAGUGAGAAGAUUGGGUACCUUAUGUGGGGCUCUUCUUCCCCACCCUCGUUUAUUUCCUGUUGUAUUAACAUAGUAUAUUAUAGUAUAAUUAUAUGUAAUGGACUGUGUGUGUGUGUGUGUGAGAGAGAGAGAGAGAGAGAGAUUUACGAUGGAAAAAUAAAAAAAAUAAUAAUAUAUUAUUUAUACCCCUGCCUAUCUUGCUAGGUUUCCCCAGCCAUUCUGGGCGGCUUCCAGCAAAAGAUUAAAAAUACAUUAAAACAUCAGUCAUUAAAAACUUCCCUAAACAGGGCUGCCUUCAGAUGACUUUUAAAUGUCAGAUAGUUGUUUAUUUCGUUGACAUCUGAUGGGAGGGUAUUCCACAGGGUGGACGCCACUACCGAGAAGGCCCUCGAUAUAACUUUUCUGGUUGCCUCAGAGUCACGCAAAGUAAAAUUUAGCAAAUGCCCCUCCUUUCAGGCUGGUAAAUCUCACCACAUUAUCCUAUGAGUUGACAUUCAGUAAUUAUUUUACAGUGCUGGCGUUUUCCUUUUUACUCUCCUCUCCCUCCCUCGCCAGGAGUUUAUCACUUGCCUUGCAAUGUAGAUUUUCUAGAUAACCUACAGUCAAAUCUCAUAGAUUCUGUUGCCCUCUGUUGAGCUGCCUUGGCAGCUUUCUUUGUGGUGGUCAGAUAGUCUACCAUAAGCCUUUUAUUUAUUUUUUUGGUAUGCCAUGGCAGAAAGACAACAUAUACAUGCAAUAAACAAAUGAACAAACAAACAAACAAAUAAGUGUGGUAUUACAGUAAAGAGUGUGUGGAUCAGGGUGCAGAAUCUUUUUCAGACUAGCGGGGUGGGCACAUUCCCUUCUGUGCAAACAGUGAUGGGUGAGGUCAGAGGCAAAACUGGUCAGAGCAACAGAAGUAAAGUUUACCUUUGUACAGUAGGCUAUUAUCUACACAUGCUCCUAUCUGUCCUUCAUCUUGGCAAGCAUGAGGCAUUAUCAGAGAUCAAGGACGCAUUCCAGUCAGGUGAAAACACUCAUGGAAGGUGUAAAAUAUGGCCAGGAAAGUUGGUAUUUGUGAUCUUGGGAGAGGGAUGUGUGGCUGUGGAGGAGCUGUGGCCUGGUGAUGGUCCUUAGGGCCAGCUAGAGAUGCCCUAGGGGCCACAUUUGGGCCUCAAACCUGAGUUCCUCCACCCCUAGUAUCGACCAACCUCCCUCCACCCGACAGCAUAAAAUACUGAACAGGAGAGUUCUGUCAGUCUGUUGAUGGUCUCAGUGGAGUUUAAUGACAGGAACUCCUUGGCCAGGUUUCAUGCCUGUCGGAAUCAUUGUCUGUUUUUCACUCCUGUUUCUAUUCUGGGAGAAUCCUCUCUUGGGUAGCUUUUCUAAGGAAGUUUAGUUGCUUUUGAUCCUUGAAUGGGAGACACGUUAGUGUAUAAAUGUACGUGAAAGUGGUAGCAGUUAUAAGCUCAACAUAAAUACUUCAAAAUGCCUUCCAGGUCUUGUUUAUGGGUUUUCUUUUAUAUUUUUAUAUUAGAGUCAUUAAUAGGGGUUAACCUUCAUCCCCUUGUCCCUCUCCUUUAAUAAUUGAAGAAUCACAUUCAGAGCCAAAAAUGCUUUACAGGGUAAUUAAUUUUUGUUACUUAAGCAGUCUAUAUGAAUGUGAUGCUAAUGCAGAAGCUCUGUAUGAGUAUGAAAGAGAUGGAGAUCUCCAGGCUGGUUGCCAAAUGACACUCUUCCAUGCCUGGCUUGUCUCUUUGGCAGCAUCAGUCCUGUGCCCCUGUCAUUCUGUUUAGGUAUGUAUUCAUUUUGGAUUUGUAUCACUCUGAUCUGCAGGUAACAGUAGACUGACAGAAAGAAGUCACACACAGAAAGAAGGGAGAAAGAAGUAAAGGAGGGUGUUGUGUGUGUACAGUUUGCCUCUGAGAUACCUCGUUUCCUUUCCUCUCCAAAUCUCUACUGCCAAAUUUGCCCUGGGCUUUCCCAGAUUGUGGCAUGUGUCUGUAGACAUUAAGGAAGCCAACCCCUACCUCCCUUGCUCCACCCCUUGGUUUACACCUCUCUUGGUCAUACUAGAGAGUGGCAAAGAGACACAAUGGAGGGCCAUGCCGUGUUGUGUGUGGUAGCCAGUUAAAAUAAUAAAGUUGAAUAACACAUUAAAAGGACAUCCUACAUUUUAAUCUUGGUAAGACUCUGCUCAACUAAAGUUAUUUCACAGCUUUCUACCAAAAUAUACAAUGAUUCAGCUACCAGUAAACCUUCAAGGGAAAAUUUUUUGUAACUAGCUGCGGGUUACAAAAGAAACUUUUGGAUAAUCAUGGAGGUCAGAGGGUAGUGGUUUCUUAGAUAUGUUUGGUGCAUGAACCAUGUUAUGGGAUUUACCACCAAUAGACUUUUGUAAGGGUAGGCAUAGGGAUCUUGUGUGUGGCAUUUCUGAACAAUUGUUAUAGACCAGGCUUCCUCAAACUUGGCCCUCGAGAUGUUAUUGGCCUACAAUUCCCAUGAUCCCUAGCUAGCAGGCCCAGUGGUCAGGGAUGAUGGGAAUUGUAGUCUCAAAACAUCUGGAGGGCAGAGUUUGAGGAAGCCUUUUAUAGACCCUCCUCUCCCUUUCAUUUUCCUCAUAUUGCUUGGUGGGCCUCUGGCCCAGCUAACUACAGCAUUGUGAUGCUAGCAUUGUGAUGUCACACAGGCUGUGUCUUGGGCUCUGCCACUAACCUUGAGUUAGUAGUCUACAGCCUAUGGCAGACAGAAGUUUGCUCAAAAACAUGCCUGUGCUUUACUCCAGAAGUUCAGUAUGCUGUCAGUGGCGGUUCAAAACUUCAGAUUGUGCUUUGGAACCGGGUAAGGCUGGCUGAUACUGGGCAUCAUGCCUAGAAGAGUGUUCCUUUUUUAUUUUUCUGCUUGCUUUCUAGAAGUUACAUUCUGUUUCUUUGGUUCUUUCAUUCCACACCCCUUCACUCAAUUCAUGAAGUUUCUAUUAUGUGCGCACAGCAGCAGAGAGCUGGUGCUGGGAUGCAAGAUUUGGAGAGUGUUAAUAUGAUUGGUUGAUUCAAACUGAUAUUUAUUAUUUUAUUUUAAUUGGAAGAUUGCACCCUGUAGGACAAUGGCCUGAGUGGCUUAUAAAAUUAAAAAAUAAUUCCACAUCGAACUACAUAGCAGGUGCUUAGGUGUUUCGUCAUUAUUAUAUUGAGUAUUGGUAAGCAGUAAAUGACAGCAGCCCCAAAAACUGAAAUGGGUCAAAAACAGGGGUCAAAAACAGGGGUUAGUAAGCCGCUGUUGGCUCAAGCCUGUUAGCAAAGCAUGAUCAAAGCAAGAGGAAAAAAAUGGGUAUUUGCUCCUUUCAGAAAAGUGUAUGGUCAAAUCACCCAUAGCUUGCUUUCUCUCUGCGAUAUUUUCAUGGUCAGAUAUAUUUUUCAGCCCUCGCUCUCUGGGCUUUUCUCAGUGCCCAGUAUAAUAUGUUUAUCAUUAGGCUCUGGUAGUCGUUCCCCUCAUAACCCAUUAUUCCUCUUUUUAGUGGCCAUCUAGUGGUCAGAGUUCACUUUCGCUCUUACCACAAAGCACUUCAUAAGGAUAGAUGUAUGUAUCUGUCUCAAGUCUCUCAUCAUCUGACUCUCUGCCUUGACAAUUGUAGGCUGACUCAUCUUCUGCCACAAUGGAUAUGCUGUUUGGACGCCGGAAAACCCCGGAAGAGAUGCUCCGGCAAAACCAACGGGCUCUGAACCGUGCCAUGCGAGAGCUGGACCGAGAACGGCAGAAGUUGGAAACCCAAGAGAAGAAAAUAAUUGCUGACAUCAAGAAGAUGGCUAAACAGGGGCAGAUGGUGAGCUUGGAAGUGCAGAUGUGCCAUCGGAGGGCAACCCUUAUCUCCAUCUCUAACUUGUUUCUCUAACCCCAGGAUGCAGUGAAGAUCAUGGCGAAAGACCUGGUGAGGACAAGGCGCUACGUCAAGAAGUUCAUCAUGAUGCGGGCUAAUAUCCAGGCAGUGUCCCUCAAGAUACAGACCCUCAAGUCUAACAAUUCCAUGGCUCAAGCAAUGAAAGGUGUCACCAAAGCCAUGGCUACUAUGAACAGACAGGUGGGUUGUCUCCAAGCCAGUCCAGCUAGGGGUCUGCAGUGCCAGGAGAGAGAGAGAGAGAGAGAGAGAGAGAAAGUCCACUUGAGGGGACAUAGCCUGGUUCUGGAGCAGCUUCUUUGCAUGCAGAAGGUGCCAUGUUCCCUCUUUGGUAUUUCCAGCAUAAAGGAUCCCAGGUAGCAGAGGAUGGGAAAGGCCUCUCUUCCUGACACCCCGGGGGAGCUGCUGAUAGAGUAGACAAUAUUUGACUAUAUGGACAAAUAGUCUGGCCUGAGAAAAGACAGCUCUCUGUUUCUUGCAACAGGAUGUGCAGUAAGACAGGCUUUCUUAAAAUGGGGUGUCCUUGGUGGACACACGAUGGGAGGAUGUCAAGGGUGAGAAUCGGCUGUGGGUGCCUAAGCAGAAAACAAGUGGACAGGCCUUUUUCAAAAGCCCCUGAAUCUUCAAAGGAUGGGAAAAGAUGUUACUAAUGACCUAGAUGGGGCACAGUUCUUCUUUCCUCAGUUUUGACCUUAGCUUCUCCCAGACAACAACAGCAUCUGGAGCAGCUGACUUGUUUGCACUAAGGGAGGAUUCACCAGACUGGAUGUAAGGAGUUCUGGGCUGUUCAUUCUGUUGUCUCUAAUUAUUGCUUCUUUAGAAAUGAAAAUUCAAUCUGCCUCUUUCUUGGUAAGAAAGACAGCUUUCCAUAUUUAGUGAUGUGAUUGUGGUCCUACAAGUUCUUAAACCUACUACAGCUUCCACCUGUGUGGAAGACAGAUGACUGCCUCUGUCUCUUUCUGGGAUGCUGUAACAACAGGCUUCAUGGGUUUCUUUCAGCUCAAGUUGCCGCAAAUCCAGAAGAUCAUGAUGGAGUUUGAGAAACAGUCAGAGAUCAUGGACAUGAAGGAGGAGAUGAUGAAUGAUGCCAUUGAUGAUGCCAUGGGAGAUGAAGAAGAUGAAGAAGAAAGGUGUGUAUACAAUGGGGGACAGUUAUGGGUCCACAAGCAAAGACAGUGGGGAGUGGGCGCCUCUGUGUCCCCAUUGCUGCUUAGCUCUUAACAUCUGUAGGUAGCUUAGGUUUUGGAAUGAUGCUUCUCCUUGGUCACAUGAAGGCAGCAGCUUCCACACCAGAAUUCCUGCUAAACUUCUAUGAAAUCUGGGCUUGCCCACUCUGAUUUCUUGAUGAGGUUCCUGCAAAGGGUGUGUGCAUGUGGUAAUUGAGAGAGAGGUUAUUGGUGCUGCUUCCACCAUCAUUGAAUGGUGAACAUUGAAGGGAACAACAGAAUGAGUUUGAGAUCAUUCAGAUCAUCUGUGGCAUGUUAAUCAAAUGGAGAAGGAAGUGGGGAUGAGCCUACUUGUCUUUCUCCUUCUGUUUCAUUUCUGGCCAUCAUCAGUUAGAGAGCAACUGCUUUACUUUGUGCAUUCUAGAACUCUGUUUUCUGUUCUAGAAGCUGUGCAUUCUAGAACUCUUGUUUUCUAUUGUGUAGGUUUCUUAUGAGUUCCAGAACCCUGAUUUUCCAAGGUUCUGAAAUGCAUGAGGUGUCUGCAUGAGUAGAGAGGGCUCUGUACUAGAGCAGUCACCCUCUAGCUUGUGGAGGACCACUGUGAAUGCAACGGAGGGUGGGGUGAGUUGUACCCCUGGUUGCACCCUUGCUUCCUUCUCCACGACAUCAUCACUUGAAGGGCAAGCUCCUCAAUAGGGAUAUUAUCCAUGAGAAAUAUAUACUCUUUGCCCAUCUGUGCAUGCACACAAAAAAUUAUUGUAUGCUUGUAUAUUUGUGUGCGUAGCUGAGCAAUACUCAGAUGCAAGGGACAUGGGCUGACUGUGGAUAAGACAUUUGAGGGUGGUUGGGAGCAGCAGAAUCCCAGCUGCUGUAUCCCUACUACCUCUGUGCAUAGAACAAGUGGAGCCCUGUUCACAAUGAAACGAAAUACAUAAGUUCACCCAAAAUUUCACCAACAGUUGCUCCAGGGGGCAGGGCAGAUAGGGGAGCAGGGAGAACAGGAUGUGUAGGCACAGAUGCAUCUUGAGGUCUCAUGUUCUCUUACCCUUCCAUUCACAGUGACGCUGUUGUCUCCCAGGUGCUGGAUGAGUUAGGUCUGACGCUGACGGAUGAGCUAUCCAGUGAGUAUCUGUGCAUAGUGAACAUAGGAGUGGUAGGAACAGUUUGGCAAAGACAAGAGGCCACAACUCACAUUGCCCUUGCAGACCAGUGCAGUUCCACAUGCUGGUAGGCACAAGUUCUGGUAGGCAGGGAUACCAAGUCUGAGCAAGCAGAAACUGGACUGUUGUGAAAUUUCUCUUGUUUAGCCCAGUAAGAUUUCAAGCCUCAUUAUUUACCUCUUAAAUCAUGGAUGGGUAACCUCUUGCCCUCCAGAUACAGGGAUGGUGGGUGUUGUAGUUCAACAACAACAACAGUUUUAUUAUAUAUAUGCCACCCAUCAGACUGCGUUGCCCCGGCCACUCUGGGCAGCUCCCAACAAAAUAUUAAAAACAAUAAAACAUCACACAUUAAAAACUUUGAUAUACAGGGCUGCAAUACAUAGAGGGCUGCAAGUUCCCCAUCCCUGGCUUAAAAAAACACCCUGUUAGUGUUGUAGAACCCAGAAGGGACACAGACUGAAACAUAGUAAGGAAAUGAAACAAUGUACAUUAGAAAUAAGGUAAAGGUUAAAGGCUUAAGAGUCUUUAACACCCUCCAGGUGUUGUUGAGCUGCACCAUAAAUUCAAAGCCACUUAUACUACCUUAGCGGUCAUGGCUUCCCCCAAUGGAUCCUGGGAACUGUAGUUUAAGGUUGCCCUGACAACUCUCCAUACUUUUACGAACUACAGUUCUUAUCUUAGGAUCCUUUGGAGGAAGCCAUGAUUGUUAAAGUGGUAGAAGAGGUAAUGUAGGGAGUGGUUGUGACCUACAUCUCUUGCAUGCAUAUGUAGUUCUACACACCGUCCGGGGUCCUUAGUGGGUGUGGGGUGGGUGCUAAGGGUGUGGUGAGAACUGGGGGAAGGGCGUUCCUUCUGCCACCUCAGACUUUCCUCUUCUCCCUUCCAGACCUGCCUUCGACCGGCGGUUCUCUGAGCGUGGCGGCAGGGAAGAAAGCCGAAGCCUCCUCUGCAGCUCUUGCCGAUGCAGAUGCCGACCUGGAGGAGCGCCUCAAGAACCUGCGGCGGGACUAGCGGGCACGGAGCUUGGCUCUCCUCCCUCCGCCGUUACCUGGCUCUUUGAAACCCUCCUGGCGUUGGGAUGACUUCUGCUGCGGCAGGGAGCAGGGCCUCACGGGCUCCUGAGGGGUGUGGCUGUGGGCAGCAUGAGGGGUGGGAAUGGGUUCCAUGGAGCUGUGUAGUGCUCUUGCUCCCCCUCCCUUUCCUUUUUUUAAAAAAGGACUUUAAGCAUCACUAGGUGAGGUCAUGGAGGCAAAGGGUUUUCUUUUUCCUGUAUCUUGUCAGUGCCUCCAUUCCACAAGCCUGGGUGGUUUGGAGACUCGGGCGAGCUCUCUUCUGAAUGGUGGGGGAAAGUGUGUUCGGCAUCCCCUACUGUAACCCCUGUCCAGUCCCUGAUAAUAAUUCCCCCCCCCUUUGGUGGUGACGGUGAGACGAGAAGAGAAGCACCAGGCAGCACCUUGGCUGAUAACCUCCUGCUCCCGCGAACGGGGCAAGAGACACUCCGGCACUUUUCCUGGCUUAAAAGCUUUAUAUACAGCCCUGCUCCCUGGCCUCAGGUGGGCGUUGCCAUUGCGUCUGUCUGUCUCUUGUAAUAAAGGUUGUAGAUUUGUAUUGAACGUUCCUGUGGCGUCUGCUCUUGCUCCCAUGGUGGAGUGUCAGAGCUGGGAGGCCCAAUAGUCUUGGUUAGGCAUAGGCAAACUCGGCCCUCCAGAUGUUUUGAGACUACAAUUCCCAUCAUCCCUGACCACUGGUCCUGUUAGCUAAGGAUGAUGGGAGUUGUAGUCCCAAAACAUCUGGAGGGCCGAGUUCGCCUAUGCCUGGUCUCGGCACUGCUGUCGGUGUGUAUCUGGCUUUCUGACACAACCCGUGACUUUUGGAGAAGUGUACAUAGGUGUUGCAUGCAGGGGAUUAUUGUAGGUUUUAGUGCAGGCGUAGAGUGUUUUGGCCCUCCAGGUUUUGUUGAGCCACAGCUCCCAUCAGCCCCACCAAGCAGGGCUAGUGGCUGGGGUGAAGGGAGUUGUAGUUUGGCAACAUCUGGAAAGCGAAAGGUUCCUUGCCCCUGGUUUAGUGUGUUGACUAUGUUUGCUUGCCUCUUAAACAUGACCCCAGGUGCUGGUUGUGGAGCAGCCGCCAAGUUCCACUCUACCCGGCCUGCCCAUCACCUUGAAAUUCUCAAAAUGGACAACAUGGGUUGAAAUGCAGCACUCUUGAAUGUUUAGCAGGGCCCUGUGCCACCAACUUCAGCUAUGGUGUGACUGGAAUAUUGUGGCACCCUGAUUGUCUUUCGAAUUGGAGAGGCUGGAAAGUAUUCUGCAAACAUGAAAAUUUGCAAGAGGCAACUAAGAAGAAAAGCCUGGACGUCACAUAAAGCUUUUGGAGCAAUCCUGAGAGUGGGUCUGGAUCAGAUAGGGCAGGUUUCUAACUUGUCUGAUUUGUGUUUGUCUUUCUACUUAUUUAUUCAUGUCCUUGUGAAUCAGACUUUGUGAGUUCUGUGAUGGGAUCCAGAUUCUGAGGUGCAAUAAGUUCUGCUAGUAAGCAAGAGUUUGAACCCAGUUUUGAAAUCUUUGUGCCACACUGGUAGAAGGGAUUUUGCUAGUAUCUUGAGCAACAAAUGUAAGAAUCUGCAUGGGCAAGUCUUACACCCUGAAACACGAAUGCCCAAAUCCUACACAAUCCUAGGCUGCAGUGGCCCCGAGAGAAGUUACGUUUGCAGCAUGCUGUAGGUGGAGGAAGGAGCUGAUCUCUUCCUAUCCUUGAGAUCAAUGUGCAAAGCAGCCAUGUGGGCUCAGUUGCCUCUCAGACUGGGCCAUAGUGAGUGGCCUGGAUACAGGCAAGAGAACGAUCCCUUCAAAGCUGAGGGAGUGCACUGUGAAAUAUCCUUUUAUGCCCCCUUCCAGGUCAACACAUUAUUGUGUGCAGCAUCAGUGUAUGCAAUUGUGCCUGAUGUUUCCUUGCUAAAAUGGCUGGUUGGGGCUGGACUGAAGAACCCCGGAAAGUAAAGGAAACUUAGAGAUGGACUGAGUUUCUAAUAUUUGCACCACAUUUUACUGGAAAAAGAGCUGCCCAUUUUCUUGGAUUAUAUGGGCACUUAACUUCUGCAGGCUGCAUCAAGCCUGUUGAACCAAGGUCCACAGAGACAGUUCCCCUUUUAUUUUUGUUUUUUUUACUGGGUUGCCCCAGAAGUUUAGUUGAAAUGUCUUCUGAGAUCUGGAUGCAAAGGACUGUCUGCAUGUGUGAUGUCUACGAUUGGUUGUGGCGACAGCAAUGAGGAGAAGUAGAAAUGGACCUCUUUCGGGGCUGGCUCAGCGGGCACUUGAGGCAAGAAAGGAUCAUAAAGCGCUUUUUCAAACUUUUCUUUUAAGGUGCUAUAUAUAAAUGAUACAUAUUCGAAGCAGAUACAGCAAAGGCAGGGUCAAUAACCUCCUGGGGGAGGCAAGGAUUUCAAGGUGGGCCAGGAGCACCCUGAUGUGGGUGGAUUAAAGAGCAACGACUCGGUAACUAAUGCAGGCCCAGCUUGUGUAAAAUAAAAGGGCUUUAUUGCACUUGGGAGCCCUUGCUCCAGCGGCUCCAGGGAGCGUCGCCUCCAGCUCUGCGCAGUCUCCACCCUGGAACUUUGCUUCUUGAGUGCCAUGGAGUUUCCGGGAGCCGGAAGACUCAGUCAAGCAGGUCCCUCAGUGACUUGGCGGCUGUAAGAAUAAGGAAGGGAAACCAUAGGGUGAUACAGCUGGGCGUUCCUCCCCUCGGCAUUACAGUCUCCAGCUUCUCUCUCUUUCCCAGCCCCUACCUAUUCUAUACCUGUCACAAUUUCUGUGAAGAAUGGAUAUAGCAAGGUGGCACUGUGGUCUAAACCACUGAGCCUCUUGGGCUUGCUGAUUGGAAGGUCAGCAGUUUGAAUCCCCACGAUGGGGUGAGCUCCCGUUUCUCUGUCCCUGCUCCUGCCAACCUAGCAGUUCGAAAGCAUACUAGUGCAAGUAGAUAAAUAGUUACCACUGCAGCCAGAAGGGAAAUGGCCUUUCUGUGCGCUCUGGCUUCCAUCGUGAUGUUCCCUUGCGCCAGAAGCGGUUUAGUCCUGCUGGCCACAUGACCCAGAAAGCUGCGGACAAACGCCGGCUUCCUCGGCCUGAAGUGAGAUGAGCGCAGCAACCCCAUAAUCAAGUUAGACUGGAUUUAACCAUCCAGGGGUCAUGAACUUUUACCUUUACCUUAGUAUUGCUGACUGCAAGCUUCCCCCUAGCCUUAGAUCUAUGGCUGCUCACUCUUGUUUGGCAAGGCUCCUCUGACUAGCAGAAAUCCAGCACGUGGAGCUUCCUCCCAUCUUGUCAUCUUGGGAGGAAAAGCUUUGAUGUGCCAGCCAGGGCUCUUGUGUUAAAUGCCAAGGCACCCUUUAGGGUGUGUGUGUCAGUACUAGUCUCCAGGGUGGGCUGAUAUGUUAUUCUUCCCCAUUCCUCAUACUGCCUCUCAUCUAUGCUGUAUUAUCCCUGGUCCACAACUAUAUGUCCCAGAAGGGUCACUUUUGAAAAAGAGCUAGGAAUGGAGAGCCUAGGUCUUGUUGCCACAGCUGCCACUACCUCAGGGACUUCCUUUGGUGGCAGGUAGUCCUGUGUCCCAGGGUGCUGCAGUUAAUGCAUCCCAUUUACUGCUGAGUCCAGAGUAUUGCUAUUGUCUCUAUACCUUUUAAAUUCAGCACCCACCCCUUCAUUUCAACUGUUUGCGCUGUAUAGGACAAUAUCUUACCAAGGGGUUGGCUUCUAGAUCUUGGUGGGCCAUGCCCAGCGCCCGCAGACACGAGUGGUAUGCCUCCAGCAGCUCCUUGCAUGCCUCUCCUCCCUUUUCUUUAAUGCUACAGGAGGUAAAUGGAAACAGUGAAGAGCCUUUACAUUUCCUGCCCUGUAAAGAUUUUGACUUGCAAAAACCCCCAAACAAGCAUGCACACUUGCAGCAGCUUGGAGUGGUUCAGUGCCUAGAUGUUGUGCUUUGGCAACCCUUUUUUAUUCUAGGUUUGCAGGACUACUCCAUAAUGUGCUUGUGAGCCUAUUAUCUGGAUAGAUCCAAGGCAGGCAUUUGCACCCUCAAAAACCAUAACCUGGCAGCUCAUACGGGAAGCACCCACCCACCCAGUGGAACGUGAUGGAACGAAUUUAGCUUAACAAAGUGCAUUUAAACAUGCUAGAAAUUUGGGUUUGUGCAAUUAAAGUGGAUU